CCCCGCCCGUGCGCGCAGGGGGAAGGGGCGGAAGGGCAGGGCCGGGCGGCUGGCUGACGCAAGGCGACCGCGGCUUGGCUCAGCCCGCCCGUGAUGCACUUCCUGCGCCGCGGCCAUGGCGGGGGACGUGCUGGGCAGGACGGCGGCGCUGACCCUCGAAGAGCUAUAUGUGUCUGAACGAGAGGGCAACGACUCCACGGGUGAUGGGACGCAAAAGAAGCCAUUCAAGACUGUGUUGAAGGCGUUGAUGACAGCAGGAAAAGAGCCAUUUCCUACAAUUUAUGUGGAUUCCCAAAAAGAAAAUGAGAGAUGGGCCAUCAUUUCCAAAUCACAGAUGAAGAAUGUCAAAAAGCUAUGGCACAGGGAGCAAAUGAAAAAUGAAGCUAAGGAGAAGAAGGAGGCAGAAGAUCUCUUGAGAAGAGAGAAGAACUUGGAGGAAGCCAAGAAGGUUGUUAUCAAGAAUGAUCCCAGUCUUCCAGAGCCCACAUGUGUGAAGAUCAAGGCCCUGGAGGCUUACAGAGGGCAGAGAGUGAAGAUUUUUGGCUGGAUCCACAGAUUACGGAGGCAAGGGAAAAAUCUGAUGUUUAUUGUCCUGAGAGAUGGCACAGGGUUUCUUCAGUGUGUCCUUUCUGAUGAGCUGUGCCAGUGCUACAACGGGCUGGUGCUGUCCACGGAGAGCAGUGUGGUGGUGUACGGCACGCUGAACCUCCUGCCCCAGGGCAAGCAGGCUCCAGGAGGCCACGAGCUGAGCUGUGAUUACUGGGAGCUCAUCGGCCUGGCCCCAGCAGGAGGGGCUGACAAUCUACUCAACGAGGACUCAGAGGUGGAUGUGCAGCUCAACAACAGGCACAUGAUGAUUCGAGGUGAGAACAUGUCCAAAAUCUUCAAGGUGCGCUCCAUGGUCGUGCAGGCCUUCAGGGAUCACUUCUUUGCCAACGGAUAUUAUGAAGUCACGCCACCAACCUUAGUGCAGACCCAGGUGGAGGGAGGCUCCACCCUGUUCAAGCUGGAUUACUUCGGUGAAGAGGCAUACCUGACCCAGUCAUCCCAGCUCUACCUGGAGACCUGCCUACCAGCUCUGGGAGAUGUCUUCUGUAUUGCUCAGUCCUACAGAGCUGAGCAGUCCAGGACCCGCAGGCACCUGGCAGAGUACACGCACAUUGAAGCUGAAUGUCCUUUUAUAAGUUUUGAGGAUUUGUUGGACCGUCUGGAGAAUCUGGUGUGUGAUGUCGUAGACAGAGUCUUGAAAUCACCUGCAGCAACCUUACUGUACGACCUCAACCCGGGUUUCCAGCCCCCCAGACGUCCCUUCCGACGCAUGAACUAUGCUGAAGCCAUCGAGUGGCUGAAGGAACAUGAUGUGAAGAAGGAAGACGGCACUUACUAUGAGUUUGGGGAGGACAUUCCCGAAGCUCCUGAGAGACUGAUGACAGACACCAUUAACGAGCCCAUUCUGCUGUGCCGGUUCCCUGCAGAGAUCAAGUCUUUCUACAUGCAGCGCUGCAGCGACGACUCGCGCCUCACCGAGUCUGUGGAUGUGCUGAUGCCCAACGUGGGCGAGAUCGUCGGCGGCUCCAUGCGCACUUGGGACAGCGAGGAGCUGCUCGAGGGCUACAAGAGAGAGGGCAUCGAUCCCACACCCUACUACUGGUACACGGAUCAGAGAAAAUACGGUACGUGCCCUCAUGGAGGAUACGGUUUGGGAUUGGAGCGGUUCCUGACCUGGAUUCUGAACAGACACCAUAUCCGAGAUGUCUGUCUCUAUCCACGCUUUGUCCAGCGCUGCAAACCUUAGUCGUCCUUGGGAAAAAUUCCUGGAAAACUGAGCAGCUGAUGCUUGGGAAAGAAUGAUACACGCUGCUGUACUACAGCCUGUCUGACAACAAGACUUCCUGCAACCUGUUGCUAAUUCAAAUACCACUUUAGGAUGUGAAAAGGAAACAAACAAAACUUCUUUUUUUAAAACAAAAUACUAGUAAUUAACUGGAAAAAGCCUUGGAAAAAUUGUUUAGGUGCAUUUAUGCUCUUGAGUCAUCACAAAACAAAGAUCUUGAUAAGCUGGCAUUUAGAAAACAAGAUACACUUCUGCUUUUAAAUUCUGUGACUUAAAAUAUGCUGGGCAUUUGAUCAUUUUAUUUUUAAAUUUGCUUUAAUUUUAAUCACUUUUCUCUUGGGGUUUCUGUUGGGGAAGUCAGGAGUUCAAGCUCCUGAAAUUCCCUAAGAGCACCCUGUGAGAAUGUUACGGAGAGGCAUGAACAAAGGGUAAAAAUGGGAAUAAGUAUCUUGAGCACUGCACGGUUUUAGUUCCUGCUGAUUUUAAUGGGGGUUCUCUGAGUUGAUUCAGUAGCAGGGUGUGUAGUACAGUGCACAGAACUCCACUGUGGGAGAGGUGGGUUGGGUCUGGGGCUUUGGGGUUUUUUUCAGAUUAUUUAUUGCUCAGCAGGGCUGAGGCUGGCAAGGUAGGCUUUGCUCCCUUUCCCAAGAGCUGUGGAUGCAGCGCUGCCGUGGGUCCAUGUACACCCAGCUGGACGUGCCUGAUGGCUCCUGGGCAUGGGGGGUUGUGGUGCCUUUUGCUCCCUGUUUGCAACCAGAAAUGAGUGACUGAGACCCGGAGGAACAUAACUGAAACACACUGGGUUUUCAGACUGCAGUCCCAGCAGUGCUUUCCCAUGUCACGCUGAAGUGUGUUCAUCGAGCAGCUCCCUGUCCCUGUGCUACUGCAGCUGAGCAGCUUCCCUGACUGUAAGGAACUUAUCAAAUAGGGAUAAUGAAAUAUUUCAUGUGUUGAGUCAUCGGUAUCGUUUCUAUUCGUAAAGCAAUUCCUUUACCAGAGAGAAAAGUAAAGGUAGGUGCAUCAUUUACCACCUGCACUGAGGUUUGAGCUGGAUUUGCCAUUCACUCCUGGAAUUGUUGAGCUGUGGAUACCUACAUUUUUGUAAUAAGUGAUUGGUUUUAUUCGUCUGCAUGUUAUAUAAACUGGUCUAAAUCAGCAACCAAUAAAUUAUGGCAACAGAAGCUGGUGUGCAAGAUAA